UGACUUUGCGGCAGGUUCUCUCUCUGUGGAAGACGGUGACAGAGCCACAUCAUCCAGCAUUACUUAUAAUUCGCACCAUGGAGGACUCGAGUAGUUGACGUUUCCUUUAACCUUCUCUUUUUAAGCUUUCUUUCGUGUAUCGAUCAUCGCGCUCCGAAACCGAGCUUACUGGUUCGUCCACUUUUUUUCCUGGAGGUGUGCGUGCUGUCAGAUAUGAAGAUGAAGUUCGUUGUCGGCAUCGGAGGGGUAACCAACGGGGGUAAGACCACCCUCACGGACCAGUUAAUCAAGAAUUUACCCAACUGCUGUGUCGUGCACCAGGAUGACUUCUUCAAGCCCCAAGAUCAGAUUGAAGUGGGUGAAGAUGGCUUUAAGCAGUAUGAUGUGAUUACUGCCCUGGACAUGGAGGCCAUGAUGAGCACCAUCUACGCUUGGCUUGAGAAUCCAGUGAAGUUUGAGCGAUCACACGGCAUCAACAGCACUCUGGACACGGAGAUAGGCUCGGAGUCUAAGCAUAAGGAUGAUGGCAUCCACAUCCUUAUUGUGGAGGGCUUUUUGCUUUACACCUACGGGCCUUUGAUCGACAUAUGUGACCAGCGUUACUUUAUUUCCAUUCCAUACGAAGAAUGCAAAAAGAGAAGGUGUUCAAGGAACUACCUGGUGCCAGACCCGCCUGGACUGUUUGACGGUCAUGUCUGGCCCAUGUAUGUGAGACAUAAGACCAUGAUGGAGGAGGCUGGAUUUGAAGUUGUGCAACUAGAUGGAACUAAGUCGAAGGAGCAGCUGUAUAAUGAAGUCUUUGGGCAAAUACAAAACGGCAUCUACAGACAGCUGCAGUAAACAAAGGUCAUGUGAUCUGCUAAAACCAUAAUCUACACGCCUUGCCUUAAUGUGUUGAAGUGGCAGCUCUUUAUUAUCAGUCAGCUAAGACUUUAAAUUAUUUAUCCAAUGGCAUUAUGUGCUGGCUUGGUUUUAUAUCUUUCAUAUUUAUUAUUGCUUUAUCAUAAGCCAACAUUUUGGAAUGGUUUUACCUAGAUGCACCUGUCAAUAAAGGCAACCUCCUGAAAUGUUUGGA